GUUUGACCCGAGCUUCACAAAUGUUGGUUUAAUUUGGUCAUUAUUUAAUAGUGUUGAGAUGUUUUGCAACUGAUUCAGCUGUGAAUUGUGUUCCCGUCUCUGCUGUCUCCAGUAUUUCCAGCAAGAAAAGGAUAAUGUAUCUUCUGUGGCCUCUGCUGUUUGUUUCAGCACAAGGUUCGAUCCAGAUUGAUGACCGACCGAGGCAGCCGACAGAGGAGGGCAGCGUGAGACUUGUGGGAAUCCUUGAUUCGGCUGGUCGUGUGGAGAUAUAUCACGAUGGACAGUGGGGUACAGUUUGUGCUGAUAAAUGGGAUCAGGCCGAAGCACAAGUUGUGUGUCGUCAGAUGGGUUUUUCUGGAGCCAUAAGAGCCACGUCUGGAGGACGCUUUCCAGCAGGCUGUGGUCCGAUCUGGAUGGAUGAAGUGAAGUGUAACGGCUCGGAGAGCUCACUGUCUAAGUGCAGCUUCAACGGCUGGGGUGUUUCUGACUGCACACAUACAGAGGAUGCCGGAGUCAUCUGCGAGACUGAUGACAGACCGAAGCAGCCGACAGAGGAGGGCAGCCUGAGACUUGUGGGAGGUCUAGCUUCUUCUGGUCGUGUGGAGAUCUAUCAUGAUGGACAUUGGGGUACAGUUUGUCAUGACGGAUGGGACCUGGCCGGAGCACAAGUGGUGUGUCGUCAGAUGGGUUUUUCUGGAGCCAUAAAUGCCGUUUCCGGAGGAUAUUUUGAAGCAGGCUGUGGUCCAAUCUGGAUGGAUUACGUGAAGUGUAACGGCUCGGAGAGCUCACUGUCUAAGUGCAGCUUCAGGGGUUGGGGUGAGACUGACUGCACACAUAUAAAGGAUGCCGGAGUCAUCUGCGUGACUGCUACAUUCUCACUGAAGCUGAAUCUGAAGCAACCAAUUGAGCAAGAAUUAUUUGUCAAUGGUAAAGCUGUCUUGGAGGCUGUUGUUUCUGGAGACGUAGAGGCAGUGAAAGAAGCUUCAGUGUCAUGCAAAGUGAAGGAUAAACCUUUAACCACUGUACCAGGAAAUACAGACUCUUCACAGUUUAUAAAAGUCCACAAAAUCACUGUUGAUGCUGAGAAAUGGUUUGAUGGUGAAAAGGUCACCUGCACAGUCCAUUCAAACAACCGCAGAGACAUCGAGCAGGAGAUCUUUUUCGAUAAAGGAGAUGGACUGAGACCCAGUGUUGUCAUUUACAGACCUGAUUAUAUCCCCGCUGGCAACAUCUCUCUGGUGUGUGAGGUCUCCAGCCCUAAACUCGGCAAUGUCUAUAUCAUGUGGAAAGCGGGCGAUGGGACUUACAUAAAGGGCUCAACCAGCGCUCCUAUUCAUCGAAAGGACUCCACGUCUGUUCUCAGCAUACUAACAAUGACAAAAGAAGAGUAUGAAAAUCCCAGAACCACCAUCACAUGCGCAGUCAUACAUGCCAACAUGGAAAAUUUGAGUUCUCCUUUACAAGUUUCAGUUUCCAAAAGAAAACAGCCAGAAGUGACGUGUGAUGAUUAAUGUUCUAGUGCUGUACCAAACAGUCACAGUGUUUAUCUGCUGUUCACUUCGAUGUUCUCCAGAGCUUCUGUUUUGUUGAUCCUAUUUGAUUAUAUAUCUGUGGUGUUCUUGUGCAUUUGUUCUGCCUAUAUCUGUAUCACUGAACUGCAUAGAUCAAACAUCAAUGCCAAAUUACAAUACAAACUGUGUUUCAUUUGUGAUUGCAUGCAAAUAAAUAUGGCCAUACAAAA